AUUUAAAACCCUUAUUUAAAUUAUAUAGAAAAAAAAAAGGUCAAGUAGUCUUCUAUUAUUUACUAGUAUAACCUCUAGAAACAUCAUCACCACAUUCCUGGCUAAUAUCCUUCAUCUAGAACAAUUAUUAACGAAUCAAAAUACCAAAAAACAAAGCACCUCAUUGACUAUUAAAUUAGUACUAAUACAUUAAUUAAGUUAUUAUUCCUAUAUAUAAAUCUCACCCAUUCUCCACCUUAUCAUCACAAUCCAAAACUCUCUCUCUCUCUCUCUCUCUGUCUCUUGUCUUAUCAUUUAUCUCUCUAACGGCGAGGCAAUGGGUUUUCCGGUGGGAUAUUCUGAGCUACUUCUCCCAAAAAUCUUUUUCUACUUGUUAUCUUUCUUAGGUUUGAUACGUAAACUCAUCUCCACAAUGUUCAAGAUCAUUGGUCUACCAGAUUUCUUAGAACCUGAACCGGUUUCAACCUCAUGGCCCGACCCACCACCCACGUUGACCAAACCUGACUCAGCAGCAAUACUAGCCGGAGAGAUGUUACCGGUUGUUCGAUUCUCGGAUAUAAACCGACCGGAAUCCGAGUGUUGCGCAGUGUGUCUCUACGAUUUCGAGAACGACGACGAGAUCCGACGGCUGACGAAUUGUCGACAUAUAUUUCAUCGGGGAUGUUUGGACCGUUGGAUGAUGGGUUAUAAUCAGAUGACGUGUCCACUUUGUCGUACACAGUUUAUACCUGAUCAUCUUCAACUGGAGUUUAAUCAAAGGCUCUGGUCUCAAUCUUCUGCUGUUUCUUCUCAACUUCUUGAUGAAUCAUCAUCUUAGGACGUAUUAAAUCUUUGUCCAAACAAAAAAAAAAGACAUAUUAAAUCCUUUUUUUUUGGUACUUUCAUUGGGAAUUGGGUUUGGUGUGAGAUCGAUGUAAAUAUUAAACAAAAAAAAAAAGGUAGUGGUUACAGGUUAAUGAAAAAAGAAAGAAGAAGAAAAUUUGUACUUAUCCAUCCCUGAAAGAUGAAAUUACAUUUUGAGUUAUUAUAAAGUUGUAAACUUUUUUUUUUUGUUAAGGAAAAAAAAAAUCAUUUGCUAUAACAGAUUAAUACUGAAUGUGUUAGUUUUUUAGUACAGUAUUUUAAUAAACAUUGUUUAGAAGUUAUUUUUUAAUUGUUACUUGUUCACCUGGCUAACUCAAUGAUACUGACAUAUUGUUUUUUGA